GUUCGCAGAGUCAAACCCAGUUACGCACGACCAACGCUAUGGGAAGCAGCUCCUUGAGACUCCAACCACCUCCCGUCACCUCAUAACUCCCCUGACACGAUCUUUUUUUUUUUUUUAAUUUUCGUUUCUUUUGGUUUCCAAUUAUCCCCGAGUGAACUUCCAAGUGUUUCAUUUCUAGCGGAUACCGGGAUUGAUUUUUCCUUCGAUCAUUUUUUUAUUUCGACCAAGAGGAACAGUCCGAGCCUUCAUGUGGGAGCCCGCAUCACUUCUCACGUAACAAGUUUCAGAUGUAAUCUACGUCUGCCGAUUCAAUGAGGUGGCAUGAUACGAAGGCGGCUGACCAAGAACAAAUAGAGGGUGAUAUAUCAGAGAUGGGAAGUGAGCAUUACUGCCUGAGGUGGAACAAUCAUCAAAGCAAUCUCUUGGGCGUGUUCAGCCAACUUCUAGAAGCCGAGAGCCUCGUGGACGUCACGUUGGCCUCAUCGGAAGGCCAUUCCCUCAGGGCUCACAAAGUCGUCCUUUCAGCCUGCUCCUCAUAUUUCAGGGCGCUCUUCCUGGACCACCCUGCCAGGCAUCCCAUCGUCAUCCUAAAGGACGUCUGCUUCUCUGAACUGAGGACCCUCGUCGAGUUCAUGUACAGAGGAGAAGUCUCCGUCGAAACUUGUAGAUUGUCAGCACUUUUAAAAACGGCGGAAAGUCUGAAGGUCAAAGGGCUGGCGGAGAUGACCGCUUUAAAGGCAGGAGGCGAUGAUAGCCAUGGCGGUGGCGAAGGCAACGAUGGUGGAGGGUCUCCUCAACAUCCUGCAGUCGUAGCUCAGCCCAUUCCUGCCCCAGAUCUUCCACCACCUCCGCCUCCACCACCUUCUAUGGAACAGCAAGAAGAAGUGCGAUCACCCCAAGGAACAACCAGAGAUGAUGACGAUGCUUCCUCAGUUCACAGCGCUCCGUCCGACAUGACUCCCCCAGCUCCAGCAUCUCCCCAUUCAUCUGAACCUGUACCUGGUCCUUCUGGGCUUCCUCCUGUACAAGACGCUCCUUUGUCGUUAAAAAAAGAAGUAGAAUGGGACCGAACGGAUGACAAGAGCAUGGGUGAAACAUCCUCAGAUUACAAGCUUCCUCAUGAUCCAGAGAAUACAGAAGUCGGUGAGGGAAGGGCGUUAUAUUCGUGCAUGUAUUGUGCUGCUGCGUUCCCGCAUCAGAGCAAGUUGGCAAGACAUAUACUAUCUCACAGCCUGGAGACACUGAAGUACAGAGAGCAGAUGUUUCACUCCCAGAUGCCCCACUACCAACCAAUGCCUUUAGUAAAGUCAGAGCCGAUAUCACCAGGUGCACUUUGUAAGUUUUGUGGAAAGACGUUUCCAGAUGUUGGGACUCUCAUAGGACAUCUGCCUGUACAUACGGGAGAUAGGCCAUUCAAAUGUGAAUUCUGUGGAAAAGCCUUCAAACUCCGUCAUCAUAUGAAAGACCACUGUCGAGUUCACACCGGUGAAAGACCUUUUAGGUGUUCUUUGUGUGGAAAGACUUUCUCAAGAUCUACAAUUUUGAAGGCACAUGAAAAGACCCACUAUCCAAAGUAUGUGCGGAGGUUUCUUUCAUCCCCCAGUCCAGAGGACGAAAGGCGGCAAAACGAAAUGCCUAUAUUACCUUAUGAUCUGUCGGUAGAAUCGCUUUGUUUACCAAGACCUAUGAUGCCUUGUGAUAUCCCAUCGGAGCCCCUGUACCUUCCAAGGACUUCUCCAUCUCCUUGACUUAAAUGGUACAAUUAAUUCUAAUUAAAAAAGCAAUCAAAAACUUUUAAUUACAAGAAAUUAGUCAGAAGAAAAAUUACAGUGGCUUGUAACACUACAUUCAAAGCAAGUUAAAACACAAAUACCUCUGUCUAAUUUUAGACUACAAUAACAAUAAUAAAUUAAUUAUUUUGAGUUUUCUAUGUACAAAAUAUCUCUACCAGUGAGACUAUUAAGAUUUUGUAACCAAUUUAUACAUAUUGUGAUUAUAUUUAUUUUAUAAUGUAAUUUAUUUACAAUUGUGAUAUAAUAAUUAUUGUUAUGGCUAAUUUGUUUAAUUUGGAAGCUAGUGAAUUGUUCUUAAAUUAAUAUUUGUAUUUUUUGUUAACAUUACUGAUUAUUAAUUCAACUAUUAAAUGGUCAAACCAAUUUAUUUCAGAAACUUAUUUUAUUUAAAUUAAUCUAGUAGGAAUGUUAUAAAUUAAAGGGAAAUUACAUCUAGUCGGUUAUUUUAUGUGAUCAGUAAUUCAAUAUAAAUUUAAUGUAAAUUCAAUUUUUUCAUGAUCUAUACCAUAAUAAAUCUAAUUAAUUAGAUUUUUUAUUUUAGAUUUUUUAUUUUAACAUUGAUCUUUAUGUACAGUUUUUUGUUUGAAACAUUUUGUCCAGACCGUAUUUUCUCAUAUUCAAGAUAUAUAAGUUAAUUUUAGGUGCUUUUAAACAAUCUAAUAGUUUGUCGAGAAGAAAAAUGAUUAAUGUAAUUAUAGUAGAAAUUUAACGAUAGAAUAGUUAAUGUUGAUAUAAAUAGUUCCAUAGACACGUCAGCUGUGAUAUGGUAGGGGAGUGAUAAUAACAGGGUUCGGUAGUUAAGCUUAAUUUUUAAUUUAUAUCAGAAUAAACAGAACAAAAGAACAUUGUUUUCUGUGAUUGAAUUGUUUGUUAAAUAGUCAAACUAGAAAUGGAUGAGGGAGAGUUUUUUCCGUACUUAAAUCCGACACAAUAACAGGAUUUCAGUCAUAAUCUUGCAUAUGAGUUAAUACGGAAAAAAUUUUGUUCCUUAAUAUAACAAGUUAAAUCAAAGUACUGACAUAUUGAUUCAAUUAGUAUGCAAAUUUGAAAAUAGGGUUAAUCUCAUAUUUUUUGCUUUUUAGCUGUCUGUAUAUAGCAUUUCAUUGAUUAAAUUAUGGCAAACAAUAAAGUUAUAUUUGUCAUAUAAUUUAUGAUUUUUUAUUUUUAUUUAUUUAUUUUUUUUAAUUACAACCCAUUUUCUUAUGUCAUAAUAUUGUUUUCUUGUUUUAGUUGACAAUAUCAAACAAUCUUAAUUUGUUUAACUUGUUUAUCUUUGGUAUAAUAAUAGUGUACAUUUAAUCACUACAACAAAUAUUCUCAAUACAUUUCAGAAAUGUUAACAUAUUAGCUCAAAAAAGUAAUAACCUGAAAAAUACCGAGAGAAGCAAUUGAGAACUACGUUAGUUAUAAAAAGCUUCUUUUUUCUUUUUCUCUAUAUUUUCCUUUUAUAUGUGUAUAGAUAAGUACUUUGUGUGAGGUUAAAGCUGUAAAUAUGAAUUAUAAUAAAACUGCAGGACAUUGUGCUCGUAUCACAAUAAUCCAAAAUGAAUAGUCGGACUUGUAGAUAGCAAAAUUAGACCAUAAGGAUAUUAUUUAAAAAAUAAAACAAACAAAAAAUAUACAUUUAUAUAUUGGAAUUUUAAUUAUUUUUGUAAAUUAUUUUUGGCCAGCUAAUUUGUUUAGAAAUGACAGACUUCUUGAAUAAAAUAUGUGUAAUCUAAUUUUAAAAAGAUUUGCUAUAAUAUGCAUAACUAGUUCUUCAAAAUUUGCUAUUUAUAUCACUAAAAAUUAAUUUAUUUGUUGUGUGCACAGUAUUAUGAACAGAAAUUUGUGUUGAAACAUGAUAUUAUUCUAUAGUACAUUGUUUUAAUUGGUAUAUACUUAAAUUUGGUUUUAUAUUCAGAAUUAAUUUUCGACUGAAUUAAAUUAUUGUAAUAAAAGUGAUACAUUGGAUGUAAGAGAAUGUUAUAUUAAAAUAAUUAUUUAUGAUUGCAAAAUUAUAAGAAAGCACAGCAAUAAUGUAGAUAGAAAAAACGUUAAUAAAUUUGAAAAGAAAAAAUCAUUUGCAGCUGUAAGAGCAUUUAUAAUUAAAACUGUUUGUCACGUUGCAGAAGUUGUGGAGUACCUUAGGUUAGAGUGGAAGGCUGUGGUUUGCCUUGUUUAAGCUAGAAAAAGAAAAAUAUAACAGCAUGUUUUGUAUUUUUGUAAUAUUUGCUAGUAAACUCUAAAAAAGUAAUGAGUCUGUUGUUGUUGAUGUAACGAAUUGUUGCAGAUGACUGUGAUAGUUUGUGAUGAUCUAAUUUAUAUUUGCAAUAAUUAAAAGAAAGUGUAAUUAAAAAAUGAUUCUGGAUUGUUUGAAAGCGAAUGUGACAGUUAUGCUGCUACAGUCAAUUUUAGCUUGGAGCCUGUUAAAUUUAAAACUAUCUUAAAUUGAUGUUUUAAUUGAAAAACAAGGCACAAUUGUAGUGUGGUCAGACUGGUUGUAUAUGGAACUCUUAUUAUUGUGUUUCAUAGCCAAACAAUACUAAUAAUCAUUGCUAUUUUUGUUUAAAAAAAUAAAUUCUAAACAAAGCAGAAGUGUCAAAAAUCACAUCUGAUGUGGUUUUACAGUAUUGUAUACAACAAAGUUUACAAGUUAAUUUUGUGUAAGAGUUCCAUAAAUUUUAUAAUGUUCCUUAGAAAAUGGAGUAGGAGAAAGUGCCAUUUUGCACAUACCAUUUUGAUUAUUUAUUCAGGCACAAGUGCAUUUGUAUUGAUACAAGAAGAACAUAGAACACCAACUUCCUGCAGGAAUCAUUUAUUUUAUUUUGUUCGACGUAGCUUCACCUACAUUGUUAUUUGUAAAUAGAGUUGAUUUCUAUUUUUAAGUUAUGCAAAAAAAAAAUGAAAACACCACCUUUAUAUUUUCUACACAUUCGCUUGUAUAGUCGUGAAAACAAUUAAUGAUAUAUGCAUAUAAAAAUGUCAAUAUUUUCUUAAUGAGUCAAUAUGAUUGGACAUAACAUGGCCAGUGAACUAGGCUUAUUCCCUAUGAUAUUUAUUUAUUUAUGGAAUGCAUAUCAUAGUUGUAAAGUGUUACUCAGAAAUAAAAGCUUAAGAUUAUG